AAGUUGGACGACAAAUCAGGAAGAUGAGUAAUUGGAAAAACUCGUCUUUAACUGAAGCGGAGAAUACCCCAGAUGCGAAGAGUUUUGUGUUUAGGCGUGUCUCCCAAACUGCUUCACCGUUCUCCGCGGGCAGUACCAUCACCUUGCACUCUUCCCCAGCGCGGGCACUUCAGAAUGUCUUCAGCCAAAGUGCCUUCUGCUGGGCGGACAACAUAGAGGAGUGCCUCGCCUACCUGAGCAAGGAGCUGAUUGCCUUGGGACUACCUUCGCUCUUCACUGAUGAUAGUUUUGAGGAGAGUCCCGCUUCAGGCUUUAACCUUGUUGCCCUCAUAAACUGCACGCACUACCUGCUGCAGCUCCAGUGGAAGAACAUGGCCAAAGUGGAUGAGCUGGAAUCGGCGAGGUUUAAAUCCUUCAGUGAGCAGGAUUGCAUGAGAAGCAGCCAAUUCAAGUUGCAGGAGCAGGCGGAAACACUGGAGCGGGAGAUCACUGCUCUGGAAGCCAAGGAUCAGCAAGCCCAGAAAAACAUCCGCAACCAGAAUUCGCUCCUGAAAAGCACCAAGGAAGAGGUGGUCAAGCUGCAGAACAUCAUCUCGAGCCGGGCUGCCCAACAUGCACACGACAUGAAGCGGAAGGAGCAGGAGCUGAGCAAACUGAAGGAGAAGAUGCAUCACCACCUGACGGAUAAGAAGGACAAGAGGAUGUCUAUAGACAUCCUGAAUCAAAUUGGCCGAUCUGAUGGUCGUCGCUCGCUGUGGAAAACGGGCAAGACUGAAUCAAGGAGGGAAGGAGAGAUGUACAAAGUUCUCACCGAUAACUACGAGACGCAACUCAAGGAUCUGGCCCUGGACAACGCAGAGUUGAAGAGAGCUCUCAACCGCGUGAAGAGGGAGAUGAGCGAAUUUCCCAGUUCUCAGGAGAAACUCCGCCGUCAAGGGUCCAUUCAGUCGCUGGUGCAGGAGGAAGAGGACACCCUCGAUGAAUCGCAUGAUGUGGACCGGAAGCACCUUACUGACGUCUUUCUGAAGCAGUGGACCUCGUUAAAGGAUCAUUUACAAAAACUGGAAAUGGCUGGUGCCCACAAGUCGCCGGCCAGCAGGGAGGACGGGCACGCUGUCAGUGUCACCGACCACGACAAGGAGAUGGCCAAGCUGAAGCUGGAGCUGGAGCAGAGCAAACAGAUCAUCCGGGAGCAGCAGCAAGUCCUCCAGGACCAGCUGGCUUUUGAGAAGGAAGAUCUGGCCCAGGGUCCCGACUUACUGGAGGAAAUGGAAUGGUUCAACAAGGAGCGGCAGCUGUUUGAGGAGCAGAGAGCCAACUUUAAGACGGAGAGGGAAUCGUUCACGGAGGCAGCUAUUCGCCUGGGUCGGGAGAGAAACGUGUUUGAAGAGGAACGUGCACAACUCAGAAAGGAGCAGUUCUUUAACCUGACACCGUUUCGAGAGCGCAGAACAAAACCUAGACUGAGGCUACGCACUGCUUGUACUAUGCCUAGUCCAGAUCGGGAAAGCUCAUCUGCGCUUCUAGCUGCUCACAGGAUGGGCAGGUGGACCAUCCAUUCACACCGGCCUCUGGGCACCCUAAGCCCACCACCCAAGGGUGCCCAACCAAGGGGUGCCAGCUCGCGGAGGUAUUCCCUGCCCGCCUCCCACGAGUUGUGCCAUGCCUUGGGGGUGAUUCCGGAGCGGAGCUUCAGAAUUGCACCGACUGCACGCCUGAGAAGGUCCUACAGCCCAACCCGUCAGCAAGAAUCCUCCACUCAAACGACGAACGACUCGGGCUGGAUGAGCGCGGCCCUGUUUAUGAACGAGUCUGAUGAAUCUUUGUACAUUGGGCCCUUGCACCCACGGUUUUAAUUUGCCCCAUCGCCGCUGCUACAGUCUCGUACACCAGCCGGGACACGGGUGAAGCAAAACAUGUCCAUCUCGACAGUAUCUGAAGAUAGACACAAAAAGCUGGAGUAACUCAGUGGGACAGGCAGCAUCUCUGGAGAGAAGGAAUGGGUGUCGUUUUGGGUCGA